UCCCCAGUGCUUUCUUUUGCUCUGUGUUCGUAUGUGGUUUUGUCCCUUUGUGUUCUGUGUGGUGGUUGCAGGCUAAUUGGCUUCCUGAUCGCCGGUUGCAGCUGAUUGGUCGGAUUUGGGCUGAUUGGAUAGCCCCUAUGCCAGCUCGUCAGUGGGUACAGCUGGUUUAGCCUGCUUAUAAGCCACAGUUCUAGUGUCUCAGAGAGGGUGACACACAUGCUGUUGCUUUUGAUCUGUGGUUGCUAUCUGUAAGGACCACGUCUUUGGUGGGAUGAAGAAGCUCCAUGGGUGACUGCUGGUGGUGUGUUCAGUGGCCUCUUGUCCAUUGGCCAGGUGGGGCGGUCAGACAGGAGAGGAAGAAAAGCUGUUACAUAUGCAGAUAAGGGGCAUCAGCACAACAGAAAGGAGGCAGAGACUGUUAUUUUAAUCAUUAUGGAGAAUGAAGAGGACGUCUAUGCCCAAGUACAGGAGUUUUGUGUAAAUGGCUGUAAUGAUUCGGCUGCAGGUUAUGAGACCUUUCGACAGAAUCCACUGGCUAUAAUAAGACUGAAUCACAGAUAUCAGGACACUCAGCAUUAUAGACUGGCUACAGUUUCCCUGGGACUGCUGUGUGUUCUCCUACUGACUGCAGUCCUAGGCAUCUCUAUGAGCUAUAACAAUGGCAACAAUGAGCUUUCAAAAACUCUUUCUCUGCUAACAGACAACCAAACCACUCAAAUGGAAGACAUUCUCAGUAGUUAUGAAAACAUGACUAAAGAGAAAGAAGUGCUGAUGAGAGAGAUAAGGAAGCUACAGACCAAUUAUACCAGGUUGAUUAAAGAAAGAGACCAGUCACAAAGUAAUUACAUCAACAUGACUGGAGAGAGAGACCAGCUGAAGACUAUUUUAAACUUCACGAAUAAAGAAAAAGACUUGAUACAGACCCGUUUCAACUCUUUGACUGGAGACAUGGCCCAGCUACAAACCCAUUACAACACUAUGGCUGAUGAGAAAUAUCAUAUACAAAAGAAAAUAGCACAACUGGAAUUAAAGAUAUCACAAGAACUGGGAUGCUGUCCUGUUGGUUGGAGGAGAUUAAAGUCUAGAUGUUAUUACCUUUCUUCUGAAAAGAAAAAUUGGAGUGAGAGCAGAGAAAAUUGCAUAAGGGAAGAAUCAGACCUGGUGAUCAUAGAUAGCAAAGAGGAACAGUUGUUUCUUAAUGGUUUGGGUGACAAUCUGAAGUUCUGGAUUGGUCUGACUGACUCAGAGCAGGAAGUGGCCUGGAAAUGGGUGGAUGGAACAAGUCCAACCAUAACGUUCUGGGAACAAGGACAGCCAAAUGAUUUUCUCGGGGAUCAAGAUUGUGCACAGUUUAAAAGUUUUGUUCAUUCUCCCAAUAGGCCAUUCAUUGAGUCAUGGAGUGACAUGAUUUGCUCAUUGACUAAUCAAUGGGUCUGUGAGAGCACAGCAAGAGUGUAAUAAAUAUCAAUGGGUCUGUGAGAGCACAACAAGAGUGUAAUAAAUAUCAAUGGGUCUGUGAGAGCACAGCAAGAGUGUAAUAUAUGUUUGACAAUAUUGUUUUACUGCAAACCCACAAGAUUUUCACUCUUCAGUCUUGCCAAUUUGAAGCCUCUACUUUCAUGUCUAUACAAAAAAAUUCCAGUCAAAAUUUCAAUUGAUUGAGUUUUUUAAACAGUUUUGCUUAUACAAAAGGUUACAUUUCAAGAUUUUUUUUCACGUAUGGUUAAGCGGGUAAAUUAUGAAAUUUUCCAAGGGUACCAGUAAUUAUGGAAGGUGUACAAACUAAAAAUGUCUACCCUGUUUUCUUUUAUCCAUGUGGUGACAUCCAAUUCCUAACUAAGGCCCUGCUUCAUAGAUAUGUCACCUGAAAACACAUCUGAUUUGUGUUCUGGUUCUUGUCACAUUGCUUGCUCAACCAAGAAGUCCAGACCAUAAACCUUAGACGCCGUGAGCAAAGCACUCUCCGGACUUCUACCUUGUUCGAACUCACAGGUGCCCAAGCUGCAACAGGGAGUCUCUGAGGCUCUGACAUUUUGUCAACAAGACAGUAUAAGCAGGAUGGCAGUCAGACUGUAUGACCUGCAGUAUGUCACAAGUCCCAGACCAAACCGCUUUCUUGUCUUUUAGCUGCAAUCAUUUUGCAGUUUGACUGGCAUACACUGCAUUUGUCAUUGGAUUAUUGCAUGAAAAAUAUGACCAACUGUAGUUACUGCACUUCAAUACAAAUCUUUCCAAAACAUAUUGGCGACAAACAUGCCAUUCAUUGCACACAGCAUAACAGUGUGAUUAAUAAUGCUUUAAUCAAAUGAAUUGCUCAUAAUUGCUUUAGAUAAUUUAUUGAUCUGUGAUAUUUUGAAUGUCUGAUGAAUUAACUUUUUAUUGUUAAUUGUGAUAGUUUUUUACUGUGUGUUUUUAUAUGGGGAUACAUGACUGAGGUAUAAAAGAGACCUGUAUGGAGCCAAAUUGAGCUCAAAAUGAU